CAGGGUUCAUUGAAAAAUCCUUAGUGAUAUUGACAUGUUUCAAGUGACAUUAAUUAGCCAAUGACUCGGAAUGAUGGAUUCCCCGAAGAUUGGAAAUGGUUUGCCAGUGAUUGGACCAGGGACUGAUAUAGGGAUAUCUUCACUCCACGUGGUGGGGUAUUUGGGAAAAAAUUAUGAUUCAGCUAAAGUUACAUCAGACGGUUAUUGCCCUACUUGUAGAAAGAAGGGAAAGUUAAAGGCCCUAAAGACUUACCGAAUUAGUUUUCAAGAAUCUGUCUUUUUGUGUGAGGAUCUGCAGUGCAUCUAUCCUUUGGGUUCUAAACCACUUAACUUAAUUUCUCCUGAUUCAGAAGAUUGUCACACUCCAAUUAAGCCUCAAAAAAGAAAGAUCUUGGAAAGCAGAUGUAAAGAUUCACUUCUUUUAGCAAAUUCCAAAAAAGCUAGAAGACAUAUUGUUAUUGAUGCUGAACAAAUUUUGAACAGCAAACAUAAUGGAAAAGUAUUUGAUGAAACCUCAUCAAACUUACCUGAUAGUAGUCAACAGAAUCCGAUUAGGACAGUUGAUUCCUUGGAGCAGAAUGGGAUUUUGGAAGCUGAUAUUGUUGACAUGACUACUGGAGAAGAUCCUAUUAUUGUUGAUGACUCUGGAACUGAGGGCACUCCCCCUCAAAAUGAAGGAUGCACAUCUGAACUAGAAAUGCCAUUGGAGAGCAAAUAUGCAUCAUUUCACCAGAGUUUAUGUGUCCAGUGGAAAAAUGCUUAUGCUCUCUGUUGGUUAGACUGUAUCCUGUCAGCUUUGGUGCACUUGGAAGGGUUAAAGAACACUGUGACUGAACUUUGCUCUAAGGAGGAAUCUAUAUUCUGGCAGUUGUUUACAAAAUACAAUCAAGCAAAUAAGCUUCUGAAUGCCAGUCAAUUGAAUGGACUUAUAGAUGGAGAUUGUAAAAAACUUUCUUCAGAAAUAUUUGCAGAGAUAGAGACCUGUCUGAAUGAAGUCAGAGAUGAAAUUUUUAUUAAACUCCAGCCCCAGCUUAGAUGCACAUUAGGUGAUAUGGAAAGUCCUGUGUUUGCAUUUCCCCUGCUCUUAAAAUUAGAACCCAACAUUAAAAAGCUCUUCACGUAUUCUUUUUCUUGGGACUUUAAAUGUUCACAGUGUGGACACCAGUAUCAAAACAGGUGUGUGAAGAGUCUGGUCACCUUUACAAAUGUCAUCCCUGAGUGGCACCCACUUAAUGCUGCCCAUUUUGGUCCCUGCAACAAUUGCAGGAACAAAUCACAAAUAAGAAAAAUGGUAUUGGAAAGAACAUCUACUGUAUUCAUGUUGCACUUUGUAGAAGGCUUACCACAGAAUGACUUGCAGCGCUAUGCAUUUUCUUUUCAAGGCUGUCUUUAUCAGAUAACUUCUGUAAUUCAGUACCAAGCAAAUAGUCAUUUUAUAACAUGGAUUUUAGACACUCAUGGAGGCUGGCUGGAAUGCGAUGACUUAAAAGGCCCACAUACUGCGAGGCAUGAGAAGUUUAAAGUUCCUGCUUCAGAGAUACAUAUUGUUAUUUGGGAAAGAACAUCCCAGGUGACAGAUAAAGAAGCUGCCUGCCUUCCACUUAAAAAGACUAAUAAUCAAUGCCCUUUUGGGGAUGAGGAACCAGUAUCUCCAGCGUCACGUUCCAGGGGCAGUGCUGCCUCAGCUGAAACAUUCCGAGUAACUCACCGUACAAAUGUGUCCAUUGCUCCUCAUACUCUUCCACAGGAUGAGGCUGUAGCUCAUGGAGAUCAUUUACUUUCAAGUCCAAAAGGUUUGGUUGACAAUAAUAGUUUACCUUUGACACUUGAAGAAACUGUCCAGAAAACUGCCUCUGUUUUUCAGGUUAACUCUGAAACUUUCCUAUCUGAAAAUAAACCUGUGGCAGAAAAUACAGGAAUUGUCAAAACAAAUACUUUGCAAUUGCAGGAACCACUAAUGGUUUCUUUAGUAUCAGCUCCAUUUAAAGAAAAGCUUAUCCAAGACCAAUUUGUGGAUUUAAGCUUUCCAUCUCAAGAUGUAAAUACAGACAUGCAGUCAGUACAGCUGAAUACAGAAGAUACUGCAAUUAUUAAGUCUGUGAAUAAUUUUCAUGCUACUGGUCUUACACAGGGAGUGAAUUCAGUAGAAAUUGAGAAGGACACUGAAUUAAAACAAUUCUUUACACCAAAAACUGAGAAAUUAAAAUCAGAACAACAUGGUCCAUGUCAGGUAUCUAAUUUGAAGAAAAAAGGAACUGCAGCAGGUUCUCAAACCAUGACAGCUAAGUCAUUACAGAGUCAGUCUCUGAAAGAAAAUCAGAAGAAACCAUUUGUGGGAAGUUGGGUUAAAGGCUUACUAAGCAGGGGUGCUUCUUUUAUGCCACCUUGUGUUUCAGCUCAUGGUAGAAACACUGUAACUGAGUUACAGCCUUCAGUUAAAGGGGCAAAUAAUUUUGGUGGCUUUAAAACUAAAGGUGUAAACCAAAAGUCUAACCAAGUAUCCAAGAAAGCUCGUAGGUGUACAAGUAAGCCUCCUGCAGUCAGCAGCCCCUCACCAAGAGCGCCAUCACCAGGUGGCCCAGCUGCUGCUCCUGCUAAUGCUGCUAAUGCUGAAGUUGUGAAGUGUGAGCGCGCCUCAGGUGGAGCUCGCCUCGACCACAGUUCUCAAGGAAAUGAAGGUGGCGUUUCUUCAGCAAGCCAUGGAGACUCAGGUGAAGGUCAGAUUCAUAAACUUCGUCUAAAACUUCUAAAGAAACUAAAGGCAAAAAAGAAAAAAUUAGCUGCUCUUAUGUCUUCUACCCAAAGUAGAGCACUUCCAAGUGAAAAUUUAGAACACGUGCCCCAUUAUGGAUCUCCAAAUGACUGUGAAUCAAUAGAAGACUUGUUAAAUGAACUACAGUAUCAAAUUGAUAUUGCAGAUAAUAAAUCUGGAUGCACCACUGUUCCUGGUGCUUCCCCCUACAGUAGUCAAACUCAUGAAGAAAUUUUAGCAGAGCUGUUAUCUCCUACAGCUAUUAUUUCAACAGAGCUCUCAGAAAAUGUGAAAGCUGACUUUAGGUAUUUGGAAAUGGGAGAUAACCAUGUCCCAGCACCAGUACCUAGUGAAUUAAAUGAUGUUCCCCAGGACACACAUCUGAGACAGGACCAUGAUUAUUGCAGCCCUACCAAGAAAAAUCAACAUGAGGUUCAGCCAGAUGCACUGACAAGUAAUGCCUGCGUUAGAGCAUUAAACUUGGAGAGUUCCAUGAAGACCGAUAUUUUUGAUGAGUUUUUCUCUACUUCUGAAUUAAGUUCUUUAGCAAAUGACACGUUAGACUUACCUCAAUUUGAUGAAUAUCUCUUUGAGAAUUGUUGAAUACUUGUUAAAUCUUUUUAGUUUAAUAUUUAUUAUUCCUCUUAGAAAAACUUACUAUGUUUUCAGGUAGUGUUUAUACACUGGCCUUGUGUGAUACCAUGAACAAAAUGUCAGCUACCGAAGGUUUUACCUUUGGUUCUGUCCUUGAAGCAUGUAAUCUGUUUUACAAAUUAAAAUCAUUAGGAAUGUGUUGUUGUUGGUGUCAUUUUGUACUUGUAGGAGAAUGAAGAUUUCAAAAUGUUGAAGUUGAAAAGUAGUGUCUAGUUUUUGGCAGUUUGUACAUUUGGGUGCAUUAAAUUUCCAGAUUUUAAAUUUUGGUUAUGUUGUUGGUUCAGGAAAAACACUAGUUUCUACACACUUAAGUUGUAUACUGUAUGUGAAUGCAUGACAGUUUCGCUUGUGGUUCUGUGGUCAUCUUACACAAGAGUCUCAGCCUGCUUCUAAUACCAGUAGAGUGCGACGGAAUGUAAACUUCCUCCAUGCCGCUUGUCUCCUUUCUCUCCUUGCAAAAGAUGGCAGGAAAUCUUAUUAAUAGAACCUUUGAGUGAUGUUGAGUGAUCAAUAAACAGGAAAAAUAAUAUGUUUUCUCAAUAACGUGCUAAAAGUUACAUGUUGUUAUAAAUACCAUCUUUCUCCCCAAGACAUUUAUUUCUGUAACCAAAGUGGGAUACCAUCUUAAUAGUUUUGUUUUGGGAGAGAUUAAUAACCAAUGCUGGUAAGGCUUGCUGUGUGUUUGUUAAUAUGCAAUGUUAUAUGAAAUGUUAAUUCAUUUAAACCUCAGCAUUCCUGUGAGUAGAUGCUUUUAUCACAUUUUACAGGUAAGAGAACAGUACACAGCUAGUAAGUUGUAGAGCUGGGAAUGGGUAAAGUGGUUACCACAGCAGUUAGAAGUGCUGAGCUUCUCCAUGUAUGUUCCACCUCAGGCUUCACUGAAAGUUUGGGCACCCCUGCAGCACCACUUCUAUAGGGAUUUGAGCUGAUAGUAGUUACUGAGGUUUAAGGGUGGCCGUCAGUGGUUUUGGGUAAAAUACUUUGCCAGAGACUGAGUACUUCAUAAUUUAUGUCAUAUUUACUCCCAUACCUCCCCCUCCCUUUUUUCUGAUUACAAAUUAAUGCAUAUUUAUUGUAUGGGAAAAUAAGGAAAACACCAAGAUGAUUUUGGAUCAUCCAUUGUUAAUACUUAUAGUGAUAACUACUGCAAACAUUUUAAUAUUUUUAUGCAUAUAGAUUUUAAAUAAAAAUGAAAUCAUAUUGUA